CACACCACCCAGCAACAGAUAGCUUAGUGAAGUGAUCGAGUGUGGACCAGUGCAAGGUUAGCUACCAACACAAAGGGAGGACUUCACUGUGACUGUGGGAGGUAGUUAACUGGAAAAAUGUCUGACAGAGUGAUUGACUUGGAAGAGACUGCAACCCACACAGGUCCAAAAGGAGUCAUCAAUGACUGGAGGAGGUUUAAGUUGGAAAGUAUGGACCAGGAAAACUUGCCUCCUGCAAAAAAGGAACUGCUGAGACAAAUGUCAUCCCCGAGCGGACCAAAAGAUGACUCCAGAACAAGCCUCAACCGCAAGAUGAGUGUCCAAGAGUAUGAGCUGCUUAAGGAGGAGGAUGAGGGAUGUCUAAAGAAAUACAGAAGGCGGUGCAUGCAGGAGAUGCAUGACAAACUCAGCUUCGGGCCCAAGUUUGAAGGUGUGCAUGACCUGGACAGUGGAGAGGCCUUCUUAGAAGUCAUAGAGAAGGAGCAUCACAGCACUGUGGUGGUUGUCCACAUCUACAAGGUUGGGGUCAAAGGCUGUGAGGAACUCAACAACUGCCUUGACUGCCUAGCCACUGAGUACCCCACUGUAAAGUUCUGCAGGAUUGACGCUGUUGCAUCCGGUGCUGCUGAGCGGUUCUCAGAUGAGGUUUUGCCCACACUGCUGGUGUACAAGGCAGGAGAACUGCUUGGGAACUUCCUGGCCUGCACGCAGCACCUAAACGAGGAGUUCUUCGCCACUGAUGUUGAGGCAUUCCUCAACAGCUAUGGCCUGCUGCCAGAGAAAGAGCUGCCUGGUAUGGAAGAUGAAGAAGAAAAUGAAGUAGAGUAACCAAAGCAUUUGGGCUGCUGAGGAAGAUGGGAAGCUGUCUGGAAGGGUUGGAUAGAGAGAAAUAAAAGACAAUUUCUGAGUUGUUCUUUUGGGCUAUGGCAAGUAGAAAAACCAUCACAUCUCCAGUAGCUCACUAGCGUUUGAGAAUUGUUCUCUGAGGAAGAAAUUCUGACAAAUUGUGAAUAUGGGUGCUCUUGAAUAUGGGAGCAGGUUACAGCAACGUGAGGAGAUGCAGCAUUUAUUUAUUUAUAAAAAUAUAUCACAAAUCCCCACAACCACCUAAAAAGACAGAAGCAGCUAACUGUAACUGUUAUUUUGUAAUGAUAGAAACUCUUUCAUGCUUUACGUACUUGUAAAAAUGUAACUCAAUACUUUCUGUAGCAUAUGAUUAGGUUGAUCUGCACACAAAUUAUUUAUAGAUCCAGUAUUUGUACAAGCCUCAUCUUCAAAUGUUCUAAUAUAUAUAUAUAUAAUAUAAAUAUAAAGACAUGUAUGAGUUCAGUUUUUUUCCUUUUUUGUUUUUUUGCCAAAAUUUAAAACAAAACAAAAAAAACCCUAUAGAGUAAACAUUUUUCUCGACUGUCCAGUUCAACAUUACUUCCUAUUGCUUUUGAAGCCAACAAGUGUGGUAGGAGGAGUAUAUUGUGUCUGGAAAAAACAUGCAUGAGUCUCUCUGGUAUUUUACCAUCAUCAGAUAAAAAUCAUCAGUGAGGAGGUCAUCCAUUUCUGUGUAUUUUAUAUUGUGAAAGAGGGAGAAAGUCAUGGAAAAAUAGAAAAGAAAAGUAAAUUGUGGGUCUUGUGUUUUCCCAGUGUGACAUGAAUUGGCCAACAAGUCCUUGACUCAGCAGGAUGGCCAAUAUUAGUAUCAUCUUAUCUGAUUUUCCUAAGGAUUUGGUUGAAAUUUUAAACAAUGUGCUGGAAUAUGAUAAAACAUAUGCCUAAUAUACAUCCUGUUCAGAAUAAAAAUGAGAAUAAAAUU